AGCAAUUUCAUAUCUGCAUUUGAUUAUAUUGAUAAAUUCUUCUGGACCUUUGUCUACAUCUACUUGGCAUUUUACCAAACAAGGACAUGUUUCUGAGACGCAGGAUGAAGACGUUUUAGAUAUCCAACCCCUUCUCGUCAAUUCUCUUGGAGAGUGUGCGAUGCAUUGUGGAAUAAAUGCACUUUGCAUUGCUUUUGACUUUUGUUUUCUUAACGGUUCCCACACUUGUCGGUUGCGCUCUGGAGACAUAGUACCUUCAAACACCGCAACACAAUGUGGACUUUACGAAAUGACAGCUAAGAAAAGUUGUUCGGGUGGACUAUUCAUAACAUCUCAAAGAAUGUGCAAGAAAACCGUUUCCAACCUUGCAUUGAAAAAACCUGCAAAACAGUCAUCAACAUGGGUAGAAGAGACCAGUUCUGCCAAUUUUGCAGUUGAUGGUAACAACGGUACAGACUUCAUCGUAGACAAGUGUACACACACAGGUGAUGGCGACACAAAUCCGUGGUGGUUGGUGGAUCUACAGGCUGAUUAUUUCAUCAAAUCUGUCAGAAUAUUUAAUAGAGGGAUGGACAUUCAUGGAAUAGACACAUCAGACCGGCUUCGGAAUGUUACCGUCACUGUAGGACGGACAGAAUCUGAUGUCAACACUCCUUGUGGUGCCUUUGCUGGUCCUGGUACUCUGUCACAGCUGGUGGUCGACAUCGGCUGUUCAUCUGUACCAAAGGGAAGGUUUGUCAAGAUCGCCAAGACAACAUUAGCUCUCACACUCUGUGAAGUCGAAGUGUUCGGAUACUCUGCCUAGUUAAUAUCAUUGCUGAUGUCUUUGCUAAAUAAUUAUUUUUCCUACUAAUUAGUUACGUAUAUGUUGAGGUGACUUUUUGAAAAGCUUAAUGUUCAACUUUAAACCGGAAACAAAAGUAUCUAUAUAAUGAUGGCUGUAUUUAGAAUACUGCAUGCACUUGAUGUGAAAACUGUAAAGCGCUUUUAUAUGCCGUCAUUUUUUAUUCAACAUUCAAAAUUAACUUUGAACAUUC